AUGUUGAGCCAUACCUUUGUUCUGUGGGAUAUUGGAUAUUCCUUAUAUACCUAUGGCUCCAUCUUCAUUAUUAUCCUAAUUAUCUGGCAAGUGAAAAGGAGUUACCAUGGAUUAACUUUGGAACCUAAAAGGAGCUGCUGCUGGCGACACCGAAAAGUCAGGCAAAGAACUAGAGAUGCAGCAUCAAGAGCUAGGGGAAUUUCCUGGAAAGAAGCUGAGAAGCCAUGGGAGCUGCUCUCUAUCAUGAAAAGCCAGGACUGGCUUCCUCAGGAGGGAAGUGUGCGGAAGCUUCUUUGUGCAGAUACCUGCUGCCAAAUCUGUAAUGCUUUGGCUCUAGAGAUCCAGCAUUUGUUAGCAGGUGAGAAUACAUUGAUCUCUCCCACUUCAUCGGGGCCAUCGCAGGGCUCCUCUUGCCCAGAGGUUUUGUCCAUGUCUAAUGUAUAUUUUGAGCAGAGUCUGGAGCACUAUUCUACAUUCUCCAAAGAGCUUUCACUUACAUCUGAAAUCCCUUCAGUGUCACAAAUAAUAGCUCAUAAAUCAUUAACCAAGUCAGCUGCCUGGUCAGCUGGUUCCAUCAGCAACCAAGAUUAUUGGGCUGAACACCUCCAGCUAAGACAGGCAUUUCAAGUGCCAGAGAUGCCCAGGGGCCCAGAGACUAUGUCUUCUUCAGGGUUGGAGGGGACUAGGAUUCCAGUGAACCAGGAGGAGCUGAUGCAGCACAACCUCAAUCUUCUCUAUGGGAACCAAGGUCAGCAGCCUUUAAAUUCCCAGGUCUCUCUGCUGACCCAGAACCAAGAAAGCACUACGCUGACACAACCUAUGGCCUUGCCUGUGGUCGCUAUCCUCCCUGCUCACAUGUCAUUCCUCAGUCCUGAAGUACUGAGGCUUCUUGAGGUACAUGUAAAAAAAUGGAUGCAUUUCCAGAGGUGGGGGCUGCCCAGACGUGUGGAAGAGUCCCUGAGGCAGCUUAUGCCAAAUCCACCAUUAUUGUAUCAACCUGUAAAUAACCAGCCAGUUUCUUUCAUCCAGAAUGAUACUUCUGAGUUCUCUGUAGACAACCUUGGGACCAUUUCCUACCAGACUUGGGGAUCAUGCAUGGCUGGCCAGGCUACCCAGGCAUUCUGGGUUUCUGAAUGGUCCACUAUGGACCAAAUACAAACACACUACUACCAGCCAACCCCAAACCAUGUGGCUCUAGCCUCGCCCUCUCCAGCCCUUAAAGACUUAAGUGGCCUCUCUCCACAUUCUGGGCAACAGGCUAAUGACUCAGUGGGCCAUCUGCAGCAGAAAUACAGCCAGCUAUUCUGUGGACUCCCUUCUCUGCACAGUGAGUCCCUCGUUGACACUUCCUUGGGCUCUCAAGGCCUCUCCAGCAACGGGAGCAUGUCCAAGCUCCCCUUGAAGGACCCUUUUCUCUUCAAGGAGCUCUCUUUCCUCCCUCUGCUGCCUAAAACUCCACCUCAGUCAGCCUCCCCCUCUUCCCAGUCCUCCCCAAAUUGGGUCACUCCAUCUGACCAGCAAGGAGCUCAGAUCAAUGUCCCAUUUCUGACUCUGGCCGAGUGUGAAGCCUUGGAAUGGCACCUGCUACAGAGGCAGCUCCAGCUUCAGUGGGGUUUGCCAGCUGUUUUUCAGAGAUCUCAGUACACCCAGAGCCCCGUGCAGUAUGAGCCUUGUGACGAAUCCCAGUCUCUUGAGACUGUGAAAACUUCCUGGCCAGAGAGGCCCAUCUCUGUCCUCACAAGGGAACUACUCUUCUUCCCGGAGCAUGCCCGGAGGCUGCUGGAAUUCCACCUCCAGAGGCAGUUGAUUCAUCAUCGCUGGGGCCUACCCCAGAAAAGCCAGGAGUCUUUCCAGUUGCUCCUGUCCCCUGCUCACCAGCAGACUCUGCCCUGGAGCAGUGCAGCCCUAGCCAAUAUGAGUGUUGCCCAAUCCUCAGCCCUAGAAGCCACUGGUGCUGGUGACCCUUUCUCAGCCUUUGAGGACCCAAUGUCAGUCCCCAUGCCGUGCUUGUUUGAUCAAGCUAAGGCAAAACUACAGAACCACAUCACCUCCAAGUGUGGACAGAUCCACAAGGGCAAGGUCCCUGCCCAUGUUUAUAGGUCUUGGGCAUGCAUAAUUCCUGGGAGUCUAGAAGAGGUUCCCCCGACCUGCAUCCCAGAAAGCAAGAACCUGGAGCUACAGGCAGCAACUGACCCUGACCAACAACAGAAAGUUAUGCCUUGGAUGCCACCAGCCCCCGGUCAGCAGCAACAGUCCUCACCGGAUGCUGUCAUUGAACAUCCUAAGCUGCCCCAAGCCCUGUCCGAGGAAGCCAUCGAGAAACUGGAGACGACUUUACGGCACAAGUAUCUGGCCUUCUUGUCAGGGCUCCCUGCUCUUUAUUAUGUGGCUCUCUCCAAGGCCAUGGCCCCAGUUAUCGAUACUCAACCUAUAAUCACAGAGGUGGUGCCUGAGCCUGUCAAAAUCCUAACAGAACCUCUGACUCAGAUGAUCUCAAGUGAAGAGCAGUGUCUAAGUCCUGAGCCAUGCUUUCAAGAUGCCAAUGAGACUUGUACAGACACUGCAGAUGAGUCCCAGGCUGAAGAGCAGGUGGAGGGAAUGACCGAGAUGGAGCCUCCAAAAAGCGAGACAGAGCCUGCCAGCCCCUACUCACUUAAGAAAGCUUUCUUGGCCAAAUUAAAUUUCCACCUGAGAAAGAAGAUCCUAGAGAUACAAUGGGGAAUUCCCAUAAAGGCAAGGGAGUCCAGGGAACAAACCGUAGCAAUCCCAGAGAACACAUCCACACAGGAGUCUCUUGGGAGUCCGGACAACCAAGGAAAAACAUUGCUCCAGGAGCUCCCCAUCCCACCAGACACUCCUCUUGCCCCAGAUCCAGAAUGGCUCCAUCUUAAACAACAACUGACCAUUGAGUUAAAGGCAGUGCAAGAAAACCAGAAGCAACCUAGUUCCAGAGCAGCAUCCAAUGGUUCUGCUCACUCGUCCUCCAAGAUUUCACCACCCAGUGGGGACAUGACAGAGGCCCAGGUACUUUGUGUUCAGCUGGAGGCCAGUGUGAACAACCCUGGCCUGGAGGAGCCCGGGAGCACUGAGCCCCACAGCCCUGGCAAGAGCAAGGGCUUAGCCCAAGACCCCACACUGGCAGAAAAGGGAGAGGACCCAGGGAAACUCAAAUUGGCAGGAGACCAUGGAGGAGAUGCAGGGUUUGUGCUGUCUACAAGAGACGAAAGCUGCCUUGCCGAAGUCCAGAGGCCAGAAGGGAUGCUUCUGAGCAGGACGCCUCAUAACCCAAGGCGACGAAAACACAUCUUUCAUCUUGGUGCUCCCUGUCAACAAAGUCUCCAGUAUUGCUCUCAGCUUCAGCUCUCAGAGCUACCUCCAGCAGGAAAGGAAUCUGAGAAGAAUGACCUGCGAGACAGUCAAACUAGGCUCAGUGGCAUCCUCAAAUCAGCCAAGAUUCCUGAGAAUGCCCAGCCUGCGGGGCCACAGGCAUCACAGGGUCAGCCUUUCCUGGGUCAUCUCAUCUAUCAUAAGCCAUUGCAGGGCCAAACUUUGCAAGGGAAGGUUUUGCAGAGGCAGCCGAUGCCAGCUCAUACUCACAAGAGGCCCGGCCUUCCAGAUUCAAACUUGAAAAAUAAAAUGAAAAUCUUUCUGCAAUGUAUUAAUGUCAAGACAAAAGGCAAAGUGCACAAGGAAUCCAUGUUCUUGACAGCUGAGAAAGUGGCCAAUACCAGAAAAGAAAAUGUAGAAAAGAGGCUAGCUACAGCCAAAAGUCCCACGGGGCAAACUAAGGCAGAGAAGACAAGAGGUGACCCCAAGGCCCAGUCUCCCCCCACUGAGAAGCAGGUGGGCCUGGCCGUCUCAGAUGGUCCCCAUUCCCCAGGCAGUAAGCUCCGGCACCGCUCUAUCUCCCAUCAAUUCCACUCUGCCUCAGUGUUGGACCACCACCGCCACUGCCUUCGGCACUGUCCUCGAGUGGCUUGUGCCACCCAUCCAGGAAAUCCACCCUAA